AGUUUAGGUUCUGUAAUCAGUGAGUGUGCUUGCUUUUUAAGGAUACCUAUCAGUUUGGAUUUCAGCCAUGCGGAUACAACAGACGUUUAUUGCACUCCUGUGUGCCUUAUUGGCAUCGCAACAAAUCGACGCUGUUGUUAACAAUGGCCAAACGAGCGCAGCCUCCGAAUCUGAAACGAAGAGCAGCAGUACGAGUAGCGAUGCGAACGUCGAGAGUAGCAGCACCACGCAAGUAACAGACUCUGUAGCAGCUAGCUCGGAAAAGGAAGCUAACAGAAGGGAAGCUCCUCUGCAAGGGCUCUACAAUAUACAACUGCCUCACGAAACCUAUGGACCACCUCAGGACUCCUAUCUGCCACCAGCGCCUAGUAAUCCAGGUCUACCAGCACCAGUCUACGGAGUACCAGAUUCUCCAGUUAAGAAUAUCGUUUAUCCUGGACCACCCCCAGAUAUUCUUCCAGCUUUACCCAACAAUUUCCUCGGACCAAAGGCUUUAUACGGACCUCCACAGAAAUACGGCGCACCUUUCCCGAAACCACCUAAACCCUUCAAUCCUCUGUACAAUAAACCUAAACCAUUCUACGGACCACCACUCAGGCAUCCAUUCGGUCCCCUUAAGCAUCACUUCAAACCGAAACCUUUCUACGGACCUCCAAAGUCGAUCUACGGACCACCUCCUAAACCCUUCCAUGGCCCACCACCGAAGAUCAAUUAUGGUCCACCUUUGAAGAUUCAACAACACCAGAUUAUUCAAAAUCAACAUCAACAUCAUUUCCAUCAACAACAUCAAUUCCAACAACAGCAGCUGCAACAUCAAUUCCAGCAGAAUCAGCAACAAACCUUCUUUAAUUUACCAAAUUUCCAAAACAUUCCUAAUCCACCGCAGAAAAUUCAAUUGCCCCAACCAAUAAACAAGGAAGUGUAUGGACCACCAAAAACAAAUUAUGGACCUCCAGAGCCAAUCCCGCAUGGACCACCUCAUCCAGGUAUACCAGCUCCACCAACUCCUCCAGAGAUUAAAUAUGAUGGAUGGCAACCAAUUCCUGGAUUGAUUUCAAAACCACCAACGAAACAAUAUGGACCACCCACAAGCUCAUACGAAGUUUUGAACCAAGGAAACUCUGAACUGCACCUACACAAUGACGUUAUUCCGCCACCGUUGACUACCAGUCAUGGUGUCUCAUCUCUGAGCUUGGGAUCAUCGUAUGGUUCUUCUGCUGGUAUUAGCGAUUCUUAUGGAGCACCUUUGAAUACGGUGACUGGAUCAGGUGGAAUUGUUAGUUCAUCAGGAGAUGCUCAUAUCCAAAACCAAGAUCAAAAUACUAUUUCCUUGGGAUUAUCGGCCGCCGGUUUGGGAGGAUCUCAUGAAAAUCAUUUGUCACUAAUCAAGAGCAUUGGCUACGAAAUAUUCCCUCAUGGAGGACACAUAAAAGGAGGAAGUCAAAUUCACAGUGGUGAUUCUUAUUCUGCGCCACCACUCAAUAGUUUCUCAGGAAAUGGUCCUUACGCAGCGUCACAUUCCUACCAUAAUCACGGUCUUUCAUCAGCUUCUUCUUCAUCGUCAUCAUCGUCGUUCGGCUCCAACUUCCAAACCGGUUUCGAUAAAGGUUUAUCGCUUUCCUCUAGUGGUAUUGGUUUGAUACCACCAAGCGGCGUUUACGGCGUGCCACCUGCUGGAAGUUACGGAACACCUUUGAUCAAUCAUAAGCUGAAUGCUUUGGAUUUGAAUCCACCAAAAAGACCAGUAGUUUUCAGGGAACCAGUACCAAACGGUCUCCUUCAAUCCAUCGGCCAUAGCGUUGCUCAGAAAGAUGUUGCCGGAAUCAUCGAAUCAUCUCAUUCUUCUGAUUUCAGUGGACCCACUUACAUCCCACCACCAAUCCCGGAAUUAGCUAAAGACGAGCCUCGAGCACCUUCCACAUUCUUCAGCCUUCCUCAAGUAAACAAUCCAACUUCGUUCCAGACAGUUAACAAGCAUCAUGGUGGAUACCACGGUGCACAUUCUACUGCGUCGCACAGCUUCGCUGCAUCGCUUGGAUCUGUUGAUACAUCUUCCUUCGAAGUUCCACAACCUCAAUUACACAACAUUCACGGUCACGGUCAUGGCCAUGCUCUUGGUCACGGUAAUGGACUUACCGUGAGCUUGGACCACUCUCUUCCACCAGUCACCAUUGACUUGACGCAUGGCAAUGGAAAUUCGUUUGGUUCCGAUGUCAAAUAUGACUGCACUUCGCACAAUUCACAACCAUUACCACCUCUGCCUUCUCUGACUUAUGGAGUGCCUUCUGCAAGCAGUUACACAGCAUCGCUCUCUUCUCUGACUACAAAUAUUGGCAACUCCCAGUAUCCUUCUUUCUCUUAUGGAUCACAAGAUUCGCAGACCGCUCACUCUCAACAGAAAUCCGUCCAUAACGAAAUUAGCAUCAAUAGCGUUGAAGAAUCGAGUAAAGAGCAUUAUGGUAAAUCUUUAGCUGAAUCUUUUGCUCCUGGAGGUGAAGUUAUAAAAUCUGAGAGCAUUGAUUUAAACAACAUUCCAGUCCAAGGUGCGUUAGGUUCAUACACCCUUCAGAUCCAAGCAGCUGAUGGUGCUGCUGGUACCAAUCCGUCCUCAAUUAAUGUUCCUCACCAUCAACUCUUGAGCGAUGGAUUAUUGCAAUCCAUCAUUGACGCCAUCGAACCUUCUCAGCAUAAGCCUGCCACUAUCUAUGGACAACCUCUUAUCGUGCAACCUGAUAUCAGCAGUAGCCUGCAAUUGCCAUCCUCAGAUGUUCAUUUACAGUUCAGGACUAGCACCGACGAUGAUGCCCAGCAAUCUAUCAAGAGCCAGGUAGUAGUCACUGCUCCUGUCACCGAUGAAACUUUGACGACCGAACCGCAAAAUACUGACAGCCCGUUACAACUGAUCGAUGACAACGAGAUUGCAUUGUACUUCAACGCCAAUGCAAAGGAAGCCAAAGACCAGGAGAAGAAAAUCGAAACAAGUGAAAGUUUAGAAGUUAGGAACGGCCAACAGUAUGGUAGUUACGAACCACAGAAAACAAGCUACGCUUAGGACGUAGCCACUUCUAUCCGAUAUUAGUGCUCAAGACUUUUUUUUAUAUUACUAGUAUAGAACUUUAUAGUUUGCA